AUGGCAGCCAGGGGUCUCGUCACGGAGUUCCGCGCUCAAGCCAAGUGCCCCAUCUGCCUCCAGUACUUCGAAAAUCCAGUCACUAUCGACUGUGGGCACAAUUUCUGCCAAGCCUGCAUCGCCCAGUGCUGGGGGGAAUCUAACAGCACUGCUUCCUGCCCUCAGUGCGGCGAAACGGUUCAGAAGAGGAACUUCAAGCCAAACCAGCCCCUGGCAAACAUUACAGAAAUAAUCAAGAAAUACCAGGAGGGAGAAAGAGCAGAAGGAGACAAGCAAAUAUGUGAGAGGCACCGGGAACCCCUGAAACUCUUCUGCAAGGACGAUGAAGCCCCCAUCUGCGUGGUGUGUGACAGGUCAAAGAGGCACCAAAAUCACAGCGUGCUUCCUGUGGAGGAGGCUUCCCAAGAGUUCAAGGAGAAGAUCCAGGACCAGCUGCUAUCUCUGGAGAAAGAGAGAGAGAGGCUCAAGGAACAGAAAAUUACAGAAGAGCAGGGAAGCCAGAAGUGCCUGACACAGUUAGAAGUAGAAAAGCAGAAGAUCUUGACCACCUUUGAGCAAAUGCGCAAUUUUCUUGAGGAAAAGGAGCACCUUCUGCUGGCCCAGAUAACAGAUCUGGAGAAAGAGAUCAAGAGAAAGCAGGAAGAAAAUCUCACCAGACUCUGUGAGGAGAUUCCACGCCUCAGCAAACUGCUCACGGAGAUGGAGGAGAAGUGCCAGCAGGCAGAGAGUCAAUUCCUACAGAACAUCGGCAGUACUGUGAGGAGGUAUGGCUCUUUCUCUUUCACCUUUCGUGAAAAAAAGGGUUUCAUUUAUCGACCACCUGUCCUCCCUCUCUCCCCUCCCCUCUGCCCUACAGUGAGUGUGACGCUGGAUCCAGACACAGCCAAUCCCCACCUCAUCCUGUCCGAGGACCUGAAGAGCGUGAGAUGGGCAGGCAAAGAGCAGGACCUGCCCAAGACCCCCGAGAGAUUUGACAAGGAGCGCUGUGUGCUGGGCCGUGAGAGAAUCUCUUCAGGACGACAUUGGUGGGAAGUGGAGGUGGUGGAGGAGGAGGAAGAAGGGGCGCUGUGGGCAGUAGGGGCUACACGAGAGUCUGUCAAGAGGAAAGGGUAUUUCAGCCUCAAUCCUAGUGAAGGGAUCUGGGCUGUGGGGAAGCCAUUCUUUUAUUCCAUCUCUCUUCGGCAACUGGCGGCUUUCACUUCCCCCAAGAGGACUCCUUUGGACUUGAGACCUGAGCCCAGGAAAAUCCUGGUGUGCCUGGACUACGAAGAGGGUUCUGUGACAUUCUUUGAUGCAGAGACAGACCAUUUGAUCUUCACUUUUUCUUCAGCAGUGUUCUCUGGGGAGAAGAUCUGCCCUUAUUUCUGGGUAGGGAAGGGAGUCACACUGAAAUGCUGAAUACAGAGGCAAAUCCCAUGCCUACUCCCAACUUCUGUACCAUCAAAAGAAUACCACCAAAAGAUGUUGACUUUCUAGAUCUUUAUAACUGUACUAGCAGUAA